ACUCUUCUCUAAUUUGAUACUUCGUUCUCUGGGCUAGAUUUACCAGAAGAAUCGGUGAUCAUCUUGUAUCAUGCGAGAGAUAAGUGUUCGCCUAGCGCGCGCCAGCGAUCUCGCUGCAGUAGUUGAAAUGUCCCAGGGUAUCUACAGCGGUCAUGACUACCUCCCUUGCAUCUUCAUCGAGUGGUUGAACCAGCCGAGCAGGCUGAUUUUCGUAGCUGAAGUGGGGGGCAAACUUGUGGGACUUCGGGCCAUAAACAUUAUUGACGAAGGUAGAACCUUCAUCAGUCAAGGGCUGCGAAUCCAUCCCGACUUCCGAGGGCUCGGACUUAGCUCGCGACUUAUAGCUGAAGUCCAUGACUAUAUUCGUAAGAAGUAUCCAAGCGUUGUUAGAGAACGCUUCACGACCAAGUCAGACAACAUUGAGCGACUUGCGAUACAGAAAAAACAGGGUGACCGAGCUGUCCUUGACCAAGACAUAUUGGCCUAUCACAUCCCUAAGAAUUUUCUCGGAAACAUUUCCGAGCACUCCACAGUACAAUCCUCGAUCAAGCUCCACCCGUAUUCCAAACAGGACACGGAAGUCAUACUCAGAGAAUCAGUCGCGAAUACGCUGUUCCAAGAUAACACGCUCAUUAUCGAUUGGGAGCCCUUCGAGGCGCUCCGAUCAAAUAUCGAUUGCAUUUUCCAAGAAUGGGACUGCUUGUUCGCGGACCGAAGUGCCUCUGAGUGUCGUGACGGAAAAUGGCCGAAGUCGUUUGGCCAUGGCCGGCGUUCAGAGCGUGUGGACUGUGUUCAUUGGGUGGCAACAAUUUACACGGACGACCCCGUGCUGUUCACUGCGCAUGUUCUACGACAACUUAAGGCGGCGUGCGGCAUCACACGCGACAGGUUUGUGUUCUCCACAUUCCACAGACCAGAUAUGACGGAGCAUGGCAAGCAGCUUCUCACCGCUGGCCUGAGCCUGCAGCCAGUGGAGUUUUUUACGUUUGGUUUGAGGCUGUUUGAAAAGGAAUUCAACUGAAACCCGAUGAAAUAGAGGGAAUUGAAGUUAGAGUAGGAGUGGGGAAUAUCGGUGAUAGGGGCAAUAACGUCGGGAAUUUAUUGGACGGUGGAGAAUUUUAGGUAAGGGUGGGGAUAGAGCAAGAUCAAGCAAUAAACUAGAAGGGGUGGGUAUUGUUGUGUAAAUCAUAACGAAUCUUUUAAACACCACCCUGUUUUAAUUAACACAAUUUAAAAUACAA